AUGGAGAUGGUUAAAGCUAGUGUGGUUGUUUUGAUUCUGGCUGUUUUGAGUGUGCAAAGUGUGGAGGGGAAGGACUUCCCACCCUGCAACUUUAGAUCAGUUUAUAACUUUGGUGACUCUAAUUCUGAUACUGGUGGUGGAUCAGCUGCAUUCUACCCUGCAGGGCCUCCCUCUGGAGAGACUUUCUUCGGUAGGCCGGCUGGAAGGGGCAGCGACGGGCGUCUGAUAAUAGAUUUCAUUGCUGAGCAUCUUGGAUUGCCUCACUUGAGUCCAUACCUGGAUUCCAUUGGAACAAGCUAUCGGCAUGGUGCUAAUUUCGCCAUUGGCGGAUCAACCAUCAGGCCACAAAAUGAAUCCAUGUCUUUAAAUGGAGUAAGCCCGUUCUCACUUAACAUCCAGUUUAUACAAUAUAAUCAGUUCAAGGCUCGAACCAGCUAUCUCUACAACCAAGCCAAGAAAAAUUACUACAGAAAACAUCUCCCUAGACCUCAGGACUUCUCCCAGGCUCUUUAUGUCAUUGACAUUGGUCAAAAUGACAUGGCUGCUGGUUUCAGGUUGAAGAAUGACUCAGAAUUUCAUGCAUCAAUGCCAGACAUAGUUGAGCAGCUAACUAAGGCAGUCCAGAAUCUCUAUGAUCAAGGGGCAAGGACAUUUUGGAUACAUAAUACAGGCCCAAUCGGUUGCUUGCCUGUGACUCUACACUAUCAUCUUAAGCCUAAUGAACUUGACAAGCAGGGCUGUCUCAAAUCUCAAAAUGACUUUGCUAUAGAGUUUAAUAGGCAGCUUAAGGUUAGAGUGAUCAAACUUAGGACUGAGCUACCAGAUGCUGCCUUAACAUAUGUGGAUAUGUAUGCUGCAAAAUAUGAACUCAUCGGCAAGGCAAAACAGCAAGGAUUUGUUGAUGCAGCAGAGAUUUGCUGUGGAUUUCAUGAAGAUGACAUUCAUGUGUAUUGCGGCAACAAAAUGCAACUAAAUGGUACUGAAAUCUACGCCGGUUCUUGUGAAGAUCCUUCCAAGUAUAUCAGCUGGGAUGGUGUCCACUACACCGAGGCUGCCAAUCAUUGGAUUGCUAAUCACAUAAUCAAUGGUUCAUUCAGUGAUCCGCCUCUGCCAAUCACACAUGCAUGCCAUAAGCCCAGUCUAGAGUAAUUACUUUGACAGAUGUACUGAUCAUGCAUGGAAAUUGACUUGAGAGGUCACUGAUUUUCAGAUAGCAACUUCUCCAUCUCUAUGCAACCCUGCUGAUGGCAAUAAUUUAUAGGAGGAAAACAUAAGAGAAGAACAAAGGUUUAUUUUUCAAUUCUCGUUAGUCGUAGGACAAUUAUUUCUUUUGUACUGGAACUUUUCUUUUGGUGAACUUUAAGGGUCCGUUUGGUACGAGAAAUGUAAGCAACAUU